AUGGCUGCAUCUGGUAUGUCAGUCGGUGUAGUAUGUCAUUAUUGGUACAAAUACUUAGAUGCUAAGUUACCAGAAUGUACACUUAAAGUAGUUUUAAAAAAAGUUGUUAUAGAUCAAUUAGUCUGUUCUCCACUUUGCAUAACAAUGUUUUUUUUAUCAUUAGCCAUUUUAGAAAAAAGCAGCUGGUCUGAAUUAAAGAAUGAGAUUAUUAGGAAAGCACAUAGAUUGUAUAUAGCCGAGUGGAUUGUCUGGCCACCAGCACAGAUUUUCAAUUUCUAUUUCUUACCAACUAAGUAUAGGGUACUCUACGACAAUACUAUAUCACUAGGUUAUGAUGUUUAUACUAGUCAGGUAAAACAUGACAAUCCAAAGUGCAAUUUGAAAAAUGUUGACUGA